UCCUUGAAGACGGCGGACCUCGAUGGGUGAAGCUAGAAGCUAAGAUGCUUUUCUAUACAAGGAAAGGAACGAAGGAUAAAAUAUUCGAUUUGGAACGCAGCCACAGUAUUGAAUUGGGUUUUCAUUCUUACAAAUAACUGGACUGAUUAGAAUAACUUAAACAAUCUCCUAACACCUUCGGUAGGUGGCGGUAACACACCGUGAAACCGCCGUUAAAACCAAAGAAGAAGAAGAAGAAGCGAAGUGGUGGGAGUUAGUCUACUGAGAGCAAUUCAGAAAGGCAGUGUUUGCUACACAAAUUUUUGUUUUAGUGUGAUGGGCGACAGCGACGAUGAAUUCGACCGCCGUCGGAGAGACAAAUUCCGCCGUGAGAGGAGUGAUUACGACCGCUCCAGAGAGAGAGAUGACCGACGUAGAGAUGAAUGGAACGACAGGGAGUGGGACAGAGGUCGGGAGCGUCGCAGUCGGGGGGAGUACCGGGAUUAUGACAGAGGCCGCAGGGAGCGAUUCUCUCCACCUAGACACGACAUGAGCCCGCCGCAGAAACGCAUGAGAAGGGACUGGGACGACCGCAGGGUAGACCCCUACCACGGGGGUUACGACAUGCCGUACGGGGGCGGUGGGGGCCCCAGCUAUGCCCCUCCAGCUGCGCCCGCCCCUCAGCCCUGGGGACAUCCUGACAUGCACCUCAUCCAGCAGCACCAUGGGAUUCCCAUCCAGGCCAGACUGGGAAAUAUCCAUGAGAUGGAUCUGGGCCCACCUGCUCCGGUGAUGAAGACCUUCAAGGAGUUCCUGCUGUCCCUGGAUGACUCUGUGGACGAGACCGAGGCCGUUAAGCGGUACAAUGACUACAAGCUUGACUUCCGCAGGCAGCAGAUGCAGGACUUCUUCCUGGCCCACAAGGACGAGGAGUGGUUCCGAUCUAAGUACCACCCAGAUGAGUCUGGGCAAAGGAAAGCAGAGGCCCACGCAGCCCUGCAGAACCGGCUGAGUGUGUACAUGUUCCUCAUGGACAACGGCUGGUUUGACAGCAUCUCGCUGGAUAUCGAGCGCGCCGCAGCCAUCAUAAAGGUCCUGGAUGCAGCUGUCAUCAAGAUGGAGGGUGGGACGGACCACGACCUGCGUAUCCUGGAGCAGCCCAAUGAGGAGGAGGAAGAGAAGGAGAAGGUGGCAGCUGCAGGAGCGUUACCUGACCCCAACAAGAAGGACGAGCCGAGGGGUGGGGAGGGCGACCGCAAACCACCAGCAGACAAAGAGGACAAGGAAAAGAAGGGGGAAAGUGGAGGGGGCGAAGUGGAGGAAAAGCAAAAUGGAGUGAUGGCUGGGGGCGGAGGAGAGGAAGGAGAGGAAAAGGUUCCUCAGAAAGAGGGGCCAGAGCCUGAGAAGCCGAAUAAGAAGAGGAAAAGGAAACACAGCGGAGACAGCGAGGACGAGGCCAGCGCGUCGGACGACAGCGAGUCUGACUCCGACUCCCACUCCUCCAGCAAACCAGCCGACAGGGAGGAGGAGGAGGAGGAGGACAAGGAGGAGGAGGAAGAGGAGGGUGAGGCGGAUGUGCAGGAGCGCAAAGAGGAGGUGAAGGAGAAGCCGAGGGAGGACAAAAAGGAGCAAACUCCUCGACCCCGUCCACUGCACAAGACCUGUUCCCUGUUCAUGAGGAGCAUUGCGCCCAACAUCUCCAAGGCCGAGAUCAUCGCUCUCUGCCGGAGGUACCCGGGGUUCAUGCGCGUGGCACUGUCCGACCCCCAGCCAGAGCGCAGGUUUUUCCGCCGUUGCUGGGUGACGUUCGAUCGGAGCGUGAACAUCAAGGAGACCUGCUGGAACCUCCAGAACAUUCGCCUGCGGGACUGUGAGCUGGCCCCCGGGGUGAACCGGGACCUGGUGCGGAGGGUGCGCAACGUGAACGGGAUCACCCAGCACAAGCAGGUCCUGCGCAACGACAUCAAGCUGGCGGCCAAGCUGAUCCACGCGCUGGACGAGCGGGAGAGGCUGUGGGGCCAGAGGCAGAGGGCCGAGGCGCCGGCCUCACAGCUCCCAGCUCAGAACCCCAUUCUGAAGAACAUCACAGAUUACCUGAUUGAGGAGGUCAGCGCUGAGGAAGAGGAGCUGCUGGGCGGUGUGAGUGGCUCCGAUCCUGAAGAAGGCAGCAAGGAGGGCAACCCCACCGAGAUCACCGUGGAGAGGGACGACAAGCUGGUCAAGGUCCUGGACCGCUUGCUGCUGUACUUGCGGCUGGUCCAUUCCAUUGAUUACUACAACACCUGCGAGUACCCCAACGAGGACGAGAUGCCCAACCGCUGCGGCAUCAUCCACGUUCGCGGUCCCAUCCCCCCCAACCGCAUCACCCACGGAGAGGUGGCAGAGUGGCAGAAGACGUUUGAGGAGAAGCUGAGUUCGCUGUUCAGCGUUAAGGAAACUUUGUCUGAGGAAGAGGCCAACAAGAUGGGCCGAAAGGACACCGAUCAGGAAGUGGAGAAGUUCCUGUCCGCCAACACUCAGGAGCUCGGCAAAGACAAGUGGCUUUGUCCUCUGAGCGGCAAGAAAUUCAAGGGCCCUGAGUUUGUGCGUAAACACAUCUUGAACAAGCAUGGGGACAAGAUAGAAGAGGUGAAGAAGGAAGUGCUCUUCUUCAAUAACUUCCUCUUGGAUGCCAAGAGGCCUGCUUUGCCAGAAGCCAAGGCCCCGCCUCCCCCCACUCCUGGGCCAGGUGUGCAUGCUCCUGGAUUUCCGUACCCUCAUCAGUCACCACAGGGACUUCUGGGAUUUGGACAGCCCCGCCCCCCCGUUUUGGGUUUUGGUGGAGGCCCUCCUUACCCUCCCAACCAGUUCGGAGGAGGCAGGGGUAAUUUUGACAAUUUCCGAGGUCAUGGAGGCUACCCUGGAAAACCCCGAAACAACAGAAUGUUCCGCGGUGAUCCUCGUAACAUCAUUGAGUACCGUGACCUGGAUGCCCCAGAGGACGUGGACUUCUUUUAAUGACCCAUUUUAUACAUUUCAUUUACUGUAAUUUAUGCAUCACGCCCCUUGUCUACCCCUCCAACUCUGUGAUAACCGGGUUUUGGAAGUAAGGCCUCCUUUUAGAGUUGGCACAGUGUAAUUAUCCAGUUUUGUACUGUGAGAUUGAACCCCCCCCCCCUUUCCACACCAGUAUAAAUAAAUCAAAUUAUCUCA